AUGAUAAGAUCUCAGAUCAGGUAUGCACCACGAUCUCUAGUCAGAUUCAAAUCUGAUUGGAAAGCAUACGGUAGCCUGGAAAAUUCGAAAAAAGAUGGAGAUGAAACAAAUCAGUUAUCAAAGAAAGAUUCCAACGACGUAAGUGAGUACAAGGUUAAGUCAGCUUCAUCACCUGCAGCUCCUGCUCCAAUGAAUAAUAAGGAUGUCAACAGUUACAUGAAGCGCAAUAAUAAACCAUACUUACCAAAGUUGAAACAUGAGAGGCUUGCUUACGACUACCCAGGAUUACCCAACCAAGAUGACUUCACCAAACAAGCCAAACAACUCAAGGUAAAAGAAGUCAAUAGAUGGAGAAGAUAUAUUCCCAAGAUUUUAACCGGUCUUUUCGUUGCUUGGGGUGCAUAUUCAGUUAAAGUUUGGUAUUUUGAUGGUGAAGAAAAUUCUGAAUCAAAAGAUUUAUUAAAUCCCGAAGAAUUCCACAAAUUCAUUGUUACCCACAAAGAACAAAUAGAUGAUGAUCAUUAUUUGAUUGAAGUUACCCCCAAGUAUAAUCAUUGGCAAUAUAGUCUCUUUUCCAACUAUUCACAGAAAUCAAUCUGGGAUGGGGAUAAAAUUUGGUCAGUUGAAAUCAAGCAACCUCAAAUAAUGGUUGUGAGAUCAUAUACUCCUUUACCUUUAUAUUUUAUGAAGUCUGAGUAUACUAGGUCGGGUGAGAAGAAACCUUUAUUGAAGGUGAUCACCCCUGGAAAAGAAGAUUACGAUAGAGGUGGAGUGAUGACUUUUUACAUCAAGAAGUAUGACGAUGGCGAAGUUUCGAAAUACAUAGUCAAUAAGAAAGUGGGAGACGAGUUAGAAUUGAGAGGCCCAAACACGGAAUUCAAAUUCCCGUACCACCCUUUGAAAAAGUUUCACGAUAGACCAGUAUUCAAAGAUCUACCAUCCAAGGUCGAGCCAGAAAUUUACCUCGACAAAAUCAAGUCCGUUAAUAACAUACCAGACUUUGACAAUUUGACAUUUUAUUGCGCUGGAACUGGUAUAGCUCCUGCUUUGCAACUUCUUAUGACCAGAAACCCUUAUCGUGGGUUUGUGGAUUUGCAUUAUUCUGCAAGGAAAUCAGGUGAAUUGGGACCGUUAGAGAGAUUUCUUUUCUUUUUAGAAAAACUUGACAGAGUCAAGGUCCAUACCUACUAUGAUAACGAAGGAGAGCGUAUUGACUCCAAAAGUAUUACAAAAGCACAAAAACCCAACUUUGUGAGUCCGAUGAGACAAGAGAUGGCCGCUGAAGCAUCUAAUUUUUCACCACAAGAAGCUUUGAAGAUUAGACAAAAAGCUUUCGAAGAAGAGGAGCCACACCAAGAAUCAGCUUUCAAGGGAAAAAUAGUCAUGUACGAUAAUGCUAUAGAACAAGCCAAAGUCACAAGCAAGCAAAACAAAGCUCCUCCAGCUCUUUCGUUAGUUUGUGGUCCCGAUGGAUAUGUAGAAUAUAUUUCUGGGCCAUUGAAGAGAGACAUGAAUGAACAGGGACAAAUCGGUGGUUUGUUGGGCAAGAAAAAUUGGGACAAUUCCAAUACAUAUAAACUUAAUAACUAG